AUGCACCUCAAUUCGGCGCUUCUCCUCCUCGUUCAGAGUCUGCGAGUCGUUGCCUUCACCAGGUCCCUUCCUCUGGACCACACGUGGGCGAACCACCAGCAAUGCAUCGACAUCAACAGCCCUGCCACGUUCCAACCCUUGAGCCAAUCCUCGCUGUUUGUCAAUUUUGCGACCGGCGGGGAGGGAAUCGUCAGCGUUGUUGUGUUUGAACUCGGCGACGAGCACCUCGGAGGCAUUCGUGCGCCCGGAUCGAACGAGAAAGAGGUACUGUGUACUACGAAAAACAGCCAGAGCGGCUUGUGCAGCGAGUCGCAGCUGGGCGAGUUUCUCAUCAGCGACAAGGCGCGCCGGCAUGCCCGUCAUCCAUUCAUCACCCGCGCCGUGAACCUCAGCGCGCCCGUCUCGCUCCACUAUCCGAUCACCGACCCGGGCUUCUACUGCGUAGCCGCGGUCGGCUUUACAGCCAAGACAUUUUCCGCUACCAUGACGGCUAUUGACCCCGUGAGCGGUAGCCUGCCUGCCUUCCGCGGCGGCGAGUUGUUGCUGUAUCAAUACCUGGGUCCUGCUUGGAUCGUGCUGGCCGCUGCCUGGAUGCUUCGCGCAUUUGAGACUUCCACCUCCUUAUGCUGGCUCGUACCGGUCUCUGCCGUGCAGGUCGCACUGCGGUGGAGCAGCCUUGAGCUGGGCGUCAGAGGUGGUGCUGCUGCCGUGGCUGUGAGGAUCUUGUGGUACGUCGCGGAAGCAGUUGAAUGCUCAGGCAUCUUGAUGCACACACACCGGAUCGCCACAGGAGGGCACCCUGGAGACUCGAAGUCUUGGUUCGUCCGGACCUCCCUCGUCCUAUUCAUCGCCAUGUUCACUGCAACGAGCGCCGCCGACUUUGUCGCAACGGCAGUCAGUCGAGCUCCAGCAUAUGCCAACGUGCCGAUGGGCGUGUUUCUCGGGUCAUACAUUGCCAUCUGCAUCGUCCGAUCGCUGCGUCGCCAAACGCCCGUCUACGGCUCCAAACAGGCUCGAGCUUCCUCAGGUCUCCAAGUCAAAGUUUUCGCCGGGCUACUGGGUUUGAUUUGCUUGUUCUGCGCAGUAGUGGCUGUCGGCAAUGCCUGGAUCGCCAUGCAGCCGAUCGAAGCCCUCGAAUUUGGACAUAGAUUUUGGCGAGUGCGCUUCUGGGCUAUUCAGACACCAUUCGAACUCGUCUUUCUUUUCUGGACGGCUUGCACCGUGGUGUACUGUCGAUACCAGGACAGCGCAGAGACGGAAAGGGUGUUGGACGUGGAGGAGCUGCGAAAGCUGGGCAGCUCUACGGACAGCGACGGAGCGGACUACUGA